AUGGAAAUUCAAGUUGUUGACCGAGAACAAAUUAAUCCAUCAAUUGAAGAGAGUACAAUAACACAACUUAAUCCCCAAUCAGAUCAACAACAAUCCGUGGAAAUAGAUUUAAACAAAGCUGAUGGAAACUCAAAUAAUGCUGAACUACAUGACAUCUCAAAACAAUUUACUAAUGCUAAUGCUAACAACCAGCAUGAAACAUUUAGUAUGGGCAUUACACAAAAGAAGAAAAGGAAGAAAAGGAAAAAGAAAAAACAAGUUGAUAGUUUAACAGAGGACCUUUUAUUUGUUGAUCCUGGUGAAAAAGAACCUGACGAUGAUGAUCGUUAUAAUUCCUCAAUUUUAAUAUCACUUCGUAUUGAAGUUGCAACACAGAGAUUUAAAGAUACUCGAAGAGUUUCUUCAACUCGUAACCAAGUACUUAGUUCUUAUCUUAAUUUUGGAGAGGUCAAGAUAGGCCAAAAUCCAGAUACUGCUUCGAAAAAAUCAGCAGAUUUUAUUCAAGAAGAAUUAAUAGUGGAUUUUACAUAUGUAGUUAAGGCCUAUUUAUCUAGCUAUAUUAUGGAUCAAUCAGGAUAUUAUACAUUAGAACAUUUUUAUGAAGCACCUAUAGUUGUAUCAUCAUUUCUAAAUUAUUUGGUUAGACAUGAUGUGUGUCCAGAACAUUUAGAGGAUAUAUUAAGAGCAAUUGAAAUUGCAGAUCGUGCUAAAGUAGAGUUGCCAAAUUGUAAGAGUUUUAUAUUGACUGCUUUUAACAAAUUUAAUAAGGCAUGUUCUAUAUUGUAUGGUGGUGGUUUAUAUGGUGUCUUUGAUAAUCCUUGGAAUUUAAAAAGUACUAUGGAAUGUAUGAAAAUCUCAUUAAGUGAAGCCAAAGAAAUCAUCAAUAUAACAUUUGGAGAAAAUGCUUUAGAAAACAUUAAACAUGUUGAAGCAGCCACAAAAAAAGCACUUCAAGUGGAAAUAAUUAACAUAGAAAAGUCGCCAGAAAAGUAUUUAAGAAAUGGUAAGAAAGAAGAUUCAACGUCAUCUACAUCAAGUACCGACAAGGAACAAAGUGAUACCAGCGAUUCUUUAGAUGAUGAUAAAACAAACAAAACUGAUGAUGAUACAGGACUUUACAAAAUGACAGUUAGAACAUGCAAAGAGCCAACUGUAGAAUCAUUUGAUGUUCAUAUUGAGUUUGAAGCAUUACAGUAUGCAAUGGUUGGAAUGUUUAUAAUAGCUGAUUUUCAUCAAUUGUCAAAUGGAUGGUGGUAUUAUGAUACUAUGACAAAUGUUUAUCCAUCUUAUUAUGAAAUGUGUGAAGACUCUGAUGAUGAUGAAUAA